GCGGACGGACUGACGGCGGGCCGCUGGAGCAUCCCGCACCCAUCCUCCUGUUUAUACAUCUUUCCCGGUGCUCCUCCCUCCUGCUGUCUCCCACUCUCCUCUCAUUGACGCACCGCUGCGUUUCAACGCUCCAGCGCAGGCAGACUCACCUCUCGACUUCCCCCGGCGGAUUCUCCAUGUAUGGAUGCGCCCAAAGAGGGGAUGUUGUAGGCUGACCAAAGACAGAGAAAGGCAAAAAAACAUACAGGCUGCUGAGGAGAAUCGAGAAGGAGGCACCGGAGAGGAUCCUGGCGCUGUUGUGAAUGGGCAGAGGAUUCACCCUCUGCGGUCGUCGCGUCUGAGCUGCUGAGGUGCCAGACGUGUGUCUGUGUAGCCACACAGAUCUUCAGCUCCUUCGCUUGCUCCCACACCCACCUGUAACAUGGCGGGGGCUUCAGUGAAAGUGGCAGUGAGGGUCCGACCCUUCAACUCCAGAGAGAUGGCGAAGGAUAGCAAGUGCAUCAUUCAGAUGUCAGGAAACACCACAACAAUCCUGAACCCCAAACAGCCGAAAGAAAACAAGAGUUUCAACUUUGACUUUUCGUACUGGUCACACACCACGCCUGAGGACAUCAACUAUGCGACCCAGAUGCAGGUGUACAAGGACAUCGGCGAGGAGAUGCUGCUUCAUGCCUUUGAAGGCUACAAUGUGUGCAUAUUUGCAUACGGACAGACAGGAGCAGGCAAAAGCUACACUAUGAUGGGACGACAGGAGAAGGACCAGCAGGGGAUCAUACCUCUGCUUUGUGAGGACCUUUUCACCAAGAUCAGUGACAGCAAUAUUGAUAACAGCAUGUCUUAUUCUGUGGAGGUGAGCUACAUGGAAAUCUACUGCGAGCGCGUGCGUGACCUGCUGAACCCCAAGAACAAAGGGAACCUGCGUGUCAGAGAGCACCCUCUGAUGGGACCCUACGUCGAGGAUUUGUCCAAACUAGCCGUCACAUCCUACAAUGACAUCCAGGAUCUGAUGGACUCUGGAAACAAGGCCAGGACUGUGGCUGCUACCAACAUGAACGAGACCAGCAGCCGCUCCCAUGCUGUCUUUAACAUCAUCUUCACACAGAAGAAACAUGAUGCGGAUACGGACAACACAUCAGAAAAGGUCAGCAAGAUCAGUCUGGUGGACUUGGCUGGCAGUGAAAGAGCCGACUCAACUGGAGCUAAAGGAACCAGACUGAAGGAAGGAGCAAACAUCAACAAAUCUCUGACCACACUGGGGAAAGUUAUUUCUGGUCUAGCUGAACUGGACUCAGCACCAAACAAGAACAAGAAAAAGAAGAAGGUGGAGAGUUUCAUUCCAUACAGAGAUUCAGUUCUGACUUGGCUACUGAGGGAGAACUUAGGAGGAAACUCUCGUACAGCCAUGGUGGCUGCACUCAGCCCUGCUGACAUUAACUAUGAUGAAACCCUCAGUACCCUCCGGUACGCUGAUCGUGCCAAACAGAUCCGCUGUAACGCUGUGAUCAACGAGGACCCCAACAACCGCCUGGUGCGUGAGCUGAAAGAGGAGGUGGCUCGCCUCAAAGACCUGCUGUACGCUCAGGGCCUGGGAGACAUCAUAGAGAUGACCAAUGCCAUGACGGGAAUGAGCCCCUCCCCCUCGCUCUCGGUCCUGUCCAGCCGCGCCGGGUCCAUCAACAACCUCCAUGAUCGCAUCUUCAGCCCAGCCAGUGAAGAGGCCAUUGAGAGGCUCAAGGAAACAGAGAAAAUCAUCGCAGAGCUCAAUGAGACCUGGGAAGAGAAGCUGCGACGCACUGAGGCGAUUCGUAUGGAGAGAGAGGCCCUGCUGGCUGAGAUGGGUGUUGCCAUGAGAGAAGAUGGAGGCACCGUUGGUGUCUUCUCCCCGAAAAAGACUCCUCAUCUGGUGAACCUGAACGAGGACCCGCUGAUGUCAGAGUGUCUGCUGUAUUACAUCAAAGAUGGCCUCACCAAGGUUGGCCGUGAAAAUGCCAAGACUCGCCAAGACAUUGUUCUCAGCGGCCAUUUUAUCAAAGAUGAACACUGCACCUUCAGCAGCACCACAGGUCCUCAGGGAGAAGGCUGUGUCAUCCUGGAGCCAUGUGAAGGGUCAGAGACGUACGUCAACGGAAAGAAAGUGACUACGCCCAUCGUCCUGCGGUCUGGGAACCGCAUCAUCAUGGGUAAGAGCCAUGUGUUUCGCUUCAACGACCCGGAGCAGGCUCGGCUGGAGCGGGAGAGGACGCCGUGCGCCGAGACUCCGGUGGAGCCCGUCGACUGGGCGUUUGCACAGAGAGAGCUGCUGGAGAAACAAGGCAUCGACAUGAAGCAAGAGAUGGAGCAGAGGCUUCAGGAGCUUGAGGAUCAGUACCGCAAAGAAAGAGAAGAAGCCAGUAACCUGCUAGAACAGCAGAGGCUGGACUAUGAGAGUAAACUGGAGGCUCUUCAGAAGCAGGUGGAUUCUCGGUAUCUGGAGUCACCUGAGGAGGAAGAGGAACCUGAAGAGGAAGUGCCGUGGACCAAGCGAGAGACCGAGCUGGCUCUGUGGGCUUUCAGAAAAUGGCGUUUCUACCAGUUCACCUCGCUCAGGGAUCUGCUUUGGGGCAAUGCCAUCUUCCUCAAGGAGGCCAAUGCUAUCAGUGUGGAGCUGAAGAAGAAGGUACAGUUCCAGUUUGUCCUGUUGACAGACACUCUGUACUCUCCACUGCCUCCUGAUCUGCUGCCUCCCAGCGUGGCCAAAGAGAGGGAAAGACGACCUUUCCCUCGGACCAUCGUAGCUGUCGAAGUACAGGAUCAAAAGAACGGAGCCACACAUUACUGGACUCUGGAGAAACUCAGGCAGAGGCUGGACCUGAUGAGAGAAAUGUAUGACCGCGCUGCUGAGCUCCCCAGCAGCGCUGUGGAGGACUGCGACCACGCCCUGACCGGAGGCGACCCCUUCUACGACCGCUUCCCCUGGUUCCGUCUGGUCGGCAGGGCUUUUGUGUACCUGAGUAACCUGCUGUACCCGGUGCCCCUGGUACAUCGCGUGGCCAUCGUCAGUGAGAAGGGAGAGGUGAAGGGCUUCCUCAGGGUGGCUGUGCAGGCCAUCUCAGCUGAUGAAGAGGCCCCUGAUUAUGGUUCUGGUGUGAGGCAGUCAGGCACUGCCAAGAUCUCAUUUGAAGACAAACAGUUUGAGAAGUUCCAGACCGAGACGUGUCCUGGUGGUCUCCCCCACUCCAACACCUCCCAGGAGGAGCUGCGAAUUGUUGAGGGAGAAGGACAGAACACGGAGAUAGGAAUCUCUGCAGAUGAAGUCAACAACAACACCUGUGAAGCCACCCAGGAGCCUCCCCAGAGCCCAGUGAAGAGUUUAGGUCUGGGUCUGGAUCUUCCUCUGGACCUCUCUCCAGAGAAGGCUCUGUCCCACCUGAAGAUUGGCAGCACCUUCACCUUCAGAGUCACCGUCUUACAGGCCUCCAGCAUCUCAGCCGAGUACGCCGACAUCUUCUGCCAGUUCAACUUCAUCCACCGCCAUGAUGAAGCUUUCUCCACUGAGCCUCUGAAGAACACCGGCAGAGGACCACCGCUGGGCUUCUACCAUGUACAAAAUAUCACGGUGGAGGUGACCAAGUCUUUUGUUGAGUACAUCAAGACUCAGCCCAUCGUCUUCGAGGUGUUUGGCCACUAUCAGAAACAGCCUUUCCCUCCUCUCUGCAAAGACCUGAUCAGUCCACUGAGACCUACCAGGAGGCAGUUCCCCAGAGUGAUGCCCUUGUCCAAACCAGUGCCGGCCACCAAGCUCAGCACUCUGACUCGUUCCACCGCAGGACCUUGUCACGCCAAAUACGACCUCAUGGUCUUCUUUGAGAUCUGCGAGCUGGAAGCAAACGGAGACUACAUCCCUGCUGUUGUUGACCACAGAGGUGGGAUGCCCUGCCACGGCACAUUCCUCUUGCAUCAGGGCAUUCAGAGGAGGAUCACAGUUACCAUCGCUCAUGAAACAGGAAAUUAUAUUGAAUGGAAAGAGGUUAAGGAGCUGGUUAUUGGUCGCAUUCGAAACACCCCUGAGGCUGAUGAGACCAUCAUAGACCCCAACAUCCUUUCUCUCAACAUCCUGUCCUCCGGAUAUUUCUGGCCAAAACAUGAUGACAACGUCUCCUUGGGAGUUGAUCAUAGAACUUUCUACCGAUUCGAGGCAGCAUGGGACAGCUCCAUGCACAACUCUCUCCUUCUGAACAGAGUUACUCCUUAUGGGGAGAAGAUCUACAUCACCCUCUCUGCUUAUCUAGAGAUGGAGAACUGCACUCAGCCGACAGUGAUCACCAAAGAUUUCUGCAUGGUGUUUUACUCCCGUGACACGAAGCUGCCGGCCUCCCGCUCUAUCAGAAACCUCUUCAGCACUGGUUGCCUCAGGCCCUCUGAGAGUAACCGUGUCACCGGAGUCUAUGAGGUGACUCUCUGCCAUGUGGCGGACAAUGGAAGUCCAGGCAUGCAGCGUCGUCGUAGGCGCGUGCUGGACACCUCGGUGGCGUACGUCAGAGGAGAGGAGAACUUGGCUGGAUGGAGGCCUCGCAGCGACAGCCUCAUCCUUGACCACCAGUGGGAGCUGGAGAAACUCAGCUUACUGCAGGAGGUGGAGAAGACCAGGCACUACCUGCUGCUGAGGGAGAAGCUGGAGGCGACCCUGCAGGCAGGACAGGACGCGCUCUACAAGAGCGGCGGCGACAUCAGCAACUUUGCAAAGAGUCCCAUCCUCAGUCACAGUCCUGGCAGCAGCCCAGCCCCUGACAGCCCCAACCAGAGGCAGAGGGAGCUGGCUGCAAAGUGUCUGCGUCUGCUGAUGCACACCUUCAACAGGGAGUACAGCCAGGUGAGCAGCAGUGCCAGUGAGAGCAAGCUCUCUGAGAUGUCUGCAUCGCUAAUGAGAGAGUCAUCGUCUUCUGGACUGAGCACGCUCACUCCGUCCUCCACCUGCCCCUCACUGGUCGAAGGACACUAUGACAUUAGACACACUGAUCCCAGUUCAGGAGCAUCCACACCAGAUCUGGACCCAUACAGCCCAGUGGACAGAAAGAAAGCUCUCAGAGGAUGCACUUUUGUUCCUGACAUACAGGAGAUUCGCGUCAGCCCCAUUGUAUCAAAGAAGGGCUACCUGCACUUCCUGGAGCCCCACACCAGCGGCUGGGUAAAGCGCUACGUGGUAGUGCGCAGGCCCUACGUCUACCUGUACCGCAGCGAGAGGGACAGUGUCGAGAGAGCCAUCAUCAACCUGUCCUCUGCAAAGGUGGAAUACAGUGAAGACAAACAGACCUUACUGCGGACUCCCAACACGUUUGCUGUGUGCACUGAGCAUCGCGGGAUACUGCUUCAGGCCACCAAUGAUAAAGAGAUGCAUGACUGGCUGUACGCUUUUAAUCCUCUGUUAGCCGGCACCAUUAGAUCAAAGCUCUCCCGGAGAAAGUCGGUCCAGUCCAUGCAGUCGGUCCCGUCUGCUCAGAGGAUGUGAGAGGUGGAAAACAAUGAACAAACAAAACAAUACAAUCUAAAAGCUCCACUCAUCAUCCUGCUCUACUGAACAUAGGCCACAUAAACAAACUUAUACAUAAACCAUUUAAAUAACUUCCUGUAUGAUGACCGUCCCAGUCCCAAACAUCACUCGAUCGCUCAUCCUGAAACCCAACAAAGCUGUCCUUUUCUCUUUUUGCAGUUGCUCUCAGUAGCUCCCUCGAACCCUGCAUGGUGUGAUCCCUCCUGACCUUUAGAUGAAAACAUUGAGACAAACUAACGACCCAAACCAGCUGAUUAAUUUACCUCUGCUGGACAUUGGGACUAGUUCAGAUUAGUUUUAGGUUUUCAUGUACAUGUAGAGCUGUAACCUGUUUGGCUACAAGUUCCUGUGUAAAAAAAGAUAGAUGUAAACAACUGUUUACUUUGUGAUCGGCCCCUCGUUUAUUCAUCUUCACUGAAAAAAAGUCCCAGCUGUAAACCAACCAUCAUGUAUUUCUAAUUAAUGCCAUCAUGUGCGGGGGGAAAUGAAAACAUCUCGAGCAAAAGUGUGUUAAGUGCAGGGAUGACAGCACCACAUACAUCCUUCAUAUACUGUACAUUACCUUAGGUUGGAAUGGCUUGGUGCUCUAUAGCAUAUAGAGUAUUUGUUUCCCUGCAGAAGUUUCAGAUAGCAAACAGGUAGAUUGCUGUUGCUUGUCAUUUAAAACACUGAAGUAGCAUGAGGGAUUUGUUAGGACAAAAGGGUAAGUUGUUGUUUCUGUGUCAGUUUUUUAAAAGUUGUUUAACUGGAUCUUUGAAUACUGAGUCUGUUGGCUAGACUGAGGCAAAAUAAUACAGGAGAGAUAAUGUCCUUGCCUUGUUUUGGGCAUGUGCUUUCUUUUCUUUUCUUUUUUUUUGCAUAAUCCCUCGUGCAUAUUACCAUAAAGGAUAAUAAUAUUUAUUGUUGCUCUUGUAUGUUCUCUGCACUGUUAUUUAUUUGUGAUGGGACCACUGACCAGUUUUGUUGCAUUGCACUUUAUUGUCUUUAUUGAGUUAAUGUCUUGUAUCAUUUACUCAGUUGUUUUGACCAAAGUGAUGUUUUCUAGUUUUAACUGUUGCAAAACAUUUUCCACUGUGCAGUUGUAUUAGCUGACAUUUUCUGAGAAGAAUAGGAUUUUAAAAGAAUAGUUCGUCAUUUUUGGAAAUACUAUUAUUCGCUUUCUUGCUCAAAGUUAGAGGAGAGGAUUGAUACUAAGGUGAAUAUGAAGCUGGAGCUAGCAGCUAGUUAGCUUAGCUUAGCAUAAAGAAUGGAAACAGGGAG